AAGGGCCUUCUGACCAUGACAAUCUGUACCGCCUCGCCGGCGAGUACUCAUCUGUAACCACAUUUCACCGCUAACGGGGUUCUUUGCCAUUGUUCCAGAUACCACUAGAAGCCGACUGCCUUGAGAGUGACUCGGAGAGUGGGGAAUAUCUGGCUUAGAUUUCCAGAAUAAUGGUGUUCCUGCGGGUACAUAAGGGCGAUCCAAACACGCACUCCACACAUUCCUCAAAUGCCUCCUCCUCCCGGUGGGCCUGGUCCAAAUGUCCAAGUUGUGCAAGCACCGAUGCCUCCGGCGGCAUUCAUGUUCUUCAUGCCCAUAGAUGAAUGGGGCCUUACUUUCGAUUUAUCGACUAGGAUUAUGCAAGACCCACCCCCAAAUGGCUGGGGAGUCAAUCGUUCGACCAUUUAUUCAAGAAUAGCGAGACGCCUUCAGCGACAAGGGUUUUAUCACGCCCAAUACUCAGUGUACAACUGCCAGAACAUCAGCGGCCUUGCCGUUUACCACUACAUGUGCAAUCUGCGCGUAAUCGAGCCAGCGGGCAUAUUUUCUACGGCGGUCAGCAGAUUACAGAUGUUUCACAUCGACCACCACACAAUGAUCGCCACUAAUGAAGUGCGGCUUGGUGGCAAUAUGGCUACUCAUCUCACGGGCACCACUCCGGCGAACCUUGUACCGAAUCAUGUCCCUUCAGCGCCACACCCGUUGGACCCCAGUUGGUGUUGGUAGGCCUUAGUAGGAUUCCAGUUUACUCGGUUUACCGUGGUGACUCUGCGCCAACCCUCGUCGCCUCAUGCUCUUGGCACCUGUCACCCGUCUUGCCACUUGCGAUGCUAUCUCUUUUUCAUCCGUGGUUGAACUGCUCUCUCUACGCUCUCGGUACUACACUUCUAAUGCUAUGUCGUCCAGAAUUGCUUUGAACUAUGUC